AUGGGCCCGCCCCACGCCGCGCAGGACCCCGCGCCGUCGCCGUCUGGCGGCAGCGGUUCCGGCUCCUCCAGGCGCCGCCUCCGCCGGCUCGACCGCCGCAACGCGUCCAAGAACAUCGGCUACAACGCCCCCAACUACUGCCAGUACCCGCCGUCCCCGCAGCCCGCCGCCUCCGCGCCUGGGUCCGGGCCGCCCUCGCUCGCCGCCUCCGUCGCCUGCUCCCUCGACCUCGUCAACAGCUUCCGCAUCGGCGGCAGCGGCGACGGGCGCGGGGACCUCCGCUUCCUGUACGAAAGCCUCGGCCUGUCCGGGCCCGACGACUUCGCCAUCCCGCUGGCCGACUGGGAGGCGCACAAGGUCGUUCGAUCCUCCGCCUCCGCUUCGAGCUCCCCCUCCUCCGCACGCCCCAACCACGACACCCCUCAGCGGGACUCACCGCUCUGUCAGGGCAGCGGGGAGGGAGGAAUCAAGGGCGUGCGCCCGCCGCCGGUGCUCAAGCCACCGCCUUCGAUGGCGCUGCCAGCUGUCUGCGGCGUCGGAUCCACGUGGGAUAUCUUGCGGUCGUUCGCGCCGGUUGAGAAAGAGGACGCCCCCGCGAGCAGAUCUGGCCGUCGUUUUGGACACCGGGAUGCAGUGGAGAAGGAUGACGACGAGGAUGGGGCGGUACUGUUAAUGUUGGACGAUCUUGGGCUGGAGGAGUCGUCCGAGGGUUUCACUGGUACUUCUUCGCUGUCAACCACCAACGAUGACGAGACCUCAAGCACCACCACAGAAUCCAUGUUCUAUAUCUCGCCGAACGGGAGGUUUAGGAGGAGGAUCCGGUCAUGGAGCCGAGGGAUGCUCCUGGGUAGUGGCUCGUUUGGGACAGUCUAUGAGGGCAUCAGCGAUGAGGGUGUCUUCUUUGCUGUCAAAGAAGUAAACUUAUUUGAUCAAGGGAGCAAUGCGAAGCAGUGUAUCUUUCAGCUUGAGCAGGAAAUUGCACUUCUGAGCCAGUUUGAGCAUGAGAAUAUAGUGCAGUAUUAUGGAACAGACAAAGAAGAUUCAAAGCUUUACAUCUUCCUUGAAUUAGUGACCCAAGGAUCCCUUGCAUCAUUGUAUCAGACAUAUCGCCUGCGUGAUACUCAUGUCUCUGCAUAUACAAGACAGAUCCUUAAUGGGUUGACUUACCUCCAUGAAAGGAACAUUGUUCAUAGAGACAUUAAAUGCGCAAAUAUUCUGGUGCAUGCCAAUGGAUCUGUGAAACUUGCAGAUUUUGGACUCGCUAAGGAGAUUACCAAAUUCAAUGCAGUUAAAUCAUGCAAAGGAACUGUUUAUUGGAUGGCACCUGAGGUUGUCAAUCCAAAGAAGACGUAUGGACCUGCAGCUGACAUAUGGAGUCUUGGUUGCACCGUCCUAGAGAUGUUGACACGCCAAAUACCCUAUCCUGACCUCGAAUGGACACAAGCUCUAUACAGGAUUGGUAAGGGGGAAUCACCAGCAAUUCCAAAUGCUCUUUCAAAGGAUGCUCGUGAUUUUAUAAGCCAGUGUGUAAAAUCCAAUCCAGAAGACAGACCAUCAGCAUCCAAACUGUUGGAGCAUCCAUUCGUAAACAAGUCAAUAAGAUCAGUACGGUCUAUGAGGACGACAUCUUCACGCUCGAAUUCAUCUACACGUGUCAUCAAUUAA